UGUAAAUCAGCUGUGCCAUAUCGAUAUGCUAAGGAUUUCAAUAUUUCUUAAGAAUAAAAGUGCUUGUUUAAAUAAAUAAAAUAUACGAAAAUGGCCCUUAAUGGGUUUCUAGAUUUCUUUCAGAAGGGAAAGACAUUUAGGCCAAAUAAGAAAUUCACUGCUGGGACAAUACGAUAUUCACUACAUAAGCAGGCCCAGGCUAGUUUGCAAUCUGGCAUCAAUUUGCGUCAAGUCGUCCGAUUACCGGAAGGCGAGAAUAUGAACGAUUGGUUGGCGGUGCAUGUUGUUGACUUUUUCAACCGCAUCAAUCUUAUUUACGGCACUGUAUCUGAGUACUGCAAUGAGACGACGUGCCCAACAAUGUCUGGAGGCUCUCGAUAUGAGUACUUAUGGGCAGAUGGAGAUACGUAUAAGAAACCCACUGCACUGCCUGCACAGAAAUAUAUAGAGCUCUUAAUGGACUGGAUUGAGACGCAAAUCAAUAAUGAAGCUGUAUUUCCCGUUUCCACUGAUGUUCCUUUCCCAAAAACGUUUAUCUCGCUCAGUCGAAAAAUUCUCACACGUUUGUUUCGCGUCUUCGUGCACGUCUAUAUCCAUCAUUUUGACCGAAUUGUCACUAUUGGCGCUGAAGCGCAUGUAAAUGCUUGCUAUAAGCAUUUCUAUUAUUUCGUGCAAGAGUUUGAACUGAUAUCUGGCAAGGAAUUGGAACCACUUCACGAAAUGACGUCCAGAAUCUGUAAAGAUUAAGAAAGUUUAUUUAGAAAGCUUUUUUUAAGCUCUGAAUCUCCAAAGUCAUAAUUAUAGGAUGAUUUUAAUAAAUAAUAAUUAUAUGUAUGAAUGUGUGUUAGUUAUAAGACUGUUUUGUCAAAAAGUACACAAUUAAACAGAAAGAAACGCCAAUUUACUGUAAA